AUGGAGCCGGGUUGGGAAAGGAACAGCACUCCCUGCAGCGACCCUGGGGGCAUCCUGACCCAGGUGGGGGAUCUCAACUGGACUCUCUUCCACACCCGGGACGAGGAGCUAGCCCAGGCCGAGAUCGGGGUGCUGGCCACCAUCCUGGCAGUUGCCGCCGUGGGCAACCUGGGGGUGCUGCUGGCCAUGUACCGGCUGAGGAAGAAGAUGAGCAGGAUGCACCUCUUCAUCCUGCACUUGGGGCUGACCGACCUGGGGGUGGCGCUUUUCCAGGUGCUGCCCCAGAUGAUCUGGGAGGUGACCUACCGCUUCCUGGGGCCCGACCUGCUCUGCAGGGCCGUCAAGUACCUGCAGGUGCUAAGCAUGUUCGCCUCCACCUACAUGCUGAUCGUGAUGACCCUGGACCGCUACAUGGCCGUGUGCCACCCGCUGCGCACCCUGCGACAGCCAGGCAGGCAGGCCUACCUGAUGAUCGGGGCCACCUGGCUGCUCAGUGGCCUGCUCAGCCUGCCCCAGGUCUUCAUCUUCUCAUUGCAGGAGGUGCAUCAGGGCUCCGGGGUGCUGGACUGCUGGGCUGACUUCAGGUACCCUUGGGGCGCCCGGGCCUACAUCACCUGGACCACGCUGUGUGUCUUCAUCCUGCCCGUGGGCAUCCUCACCAUCUGCUACAGCCUCAUCUGCCACGAGAUCUGCAAGAACCUCCGGGGCAAGACGCAGAGCGGAGCAGAGAUGGGAGCGGGGCGCCACUGCAGCCAGGCCUCCCGGGUGAGCAGCGUGCGCACCAUCUCCAGGGCCAAGAUCCGCACGGUGAAGAUGACCUUUGUCAUCGUGCUGGCCUAUGUCGCCUGCUGGGCGCCCUUCUUCAGCGUGCAGAUGUGGUCGGUGUGGGACGAGAACGCCCCUGAUGAUGAGUCCACCAACAUGGCAUUCACCAUCACCAUGCUGCUGGCCAGCCUCAGCAGCUGCUGCAACCCCUGGAUUUACAUGUUCUUCAGCGGGCACCUCCUGCACGACGUCCUGCGAUACAUCUCCUGCUGCAGGAGCUUCCGGCCUGGCCUCAAGAGGCAAAUCUCCAACGGGAGCCUCUGCAGCAGGAAAACCUCCAUCCUGACUCAGAGCCACCAAACCGCCACACCUGGGAUCCAGCUGCAGCAGGGGGACUUGAAAGAUUUCUACCAGUCCUACGAGGACACGGUGACGGAGUCAGGUGUGCUCUAGAACCACGGCUCGCACCAGCCGCCAUUGCAGGAUGCACUGUGCCGUCAGGUGAUCCUCGCUGCUUGCCUGUCACUCAGAAUUUUGAACGGACGUGGGACUAGAGGACACACCUGAUGCCUCCUGGGUGGGGUGGAGGACAGGGGGAAGGGAAGUCCCUUUGCAUCAGGCAGGAUCUUAUUCUGCAGGAACCUGUGGGUUUAACCCGGCAAGCACCACGGUGUCUCUCUUGCCUUAUGUGCUUUGCUACUGUGCAGAAGCAGCAUCUCUUUCACUCUCUUUCCCAUGCGCAAAGGAAAUCAGGUCUGGUCCCCCUUCCACCUGCCCCUGAAACACCAGGAGAAGCAGUCUAGUGAAAAGAUAUGGUCAAUGUGCCUCUGAAAUAACAUGGCUCCCACUCCCCACCUUCAAGGCUGUUCUACCUAGAAGUGGGUAUAAAAACAAGCAUCACUGAAGCUUUUACAGGGCCUUA